UGCGCCACCAGGGAAGCCCUCCACGCUUGAGUUUUAACCUGCAAAAGGGCAAAGACUGGGCCUUGCCUGGGGCCAUACUCACAGCACCCAACAUAAUACCUGGCACAGAGCAGGUUCUCAAAAUUAUUCAUGAAUCAAAUAAAAUAAUGAAGGCAGGCCAAGAAGACUUGUAGAAAGUGGGGAGUUGGUCCUGCCUAGGCUUUUAAAGGCUAAGGAGGCAAAGAAACUAAGAGGGGGACAAACGAACCCAUGAACUCCACUGGAUCCCAACUCCCUCCGGCCCCACCCAUCACUGAAAUGUUCUGUUUCCCAAACCUCAGGACGCCCAGUCCCUCACGUCUCAGAGCACCCCAACCCCCAUCUGCAUCCCUCCCUUCCUGCCUCUCAGCCACGCCCUCUCUGCCCGGAGCCAGCUCUUGCUUUUGGGGGUGGUAAUGGGCCCCGUGGGAACUGAGUUACCUCCACAAGGCCUGGCCAGGGUGGGGCCGUGCCUGUCCCUGGGGGUGAGCCUCUGGGCUGUGCAGUUACGUCGGAUGAGCAGCAGAGAGCCAGACUCCAGCUGUCACCAUGGCUGAGUUCAGUGUGAGGGUAUCCACUGGGGAGGCCUUCGGGGCUGGCACGUGGGACAAAAUGUCUGUCAUCAUCGUGGGGACCGAAGGAGAGACCCUGCCACUGCCCCUGGACCAUUUCGGCAAAGAGUUCAGCGCCGGCGCUGAUACUAAACUUGCCCCCCAGGAGGAGGACUUCAAGGUGACGUGCCCCCAGGACGUGGGCCGGGUGCUGCUGCUGCGCGUACACAAGACUCCCCCCACGCUGCUCCGUCCUUUCUGGCCCCUGGCCUCGGACGCCUGGUUCUGCCGCUGGAUCCAGCUCACGCCGCCCCGGGGCGCCCCCCUCCGCUUCCCCUGCUACCAGUGGCUGGAGGACCAGGGGAGCCUGGUACUGCGGGAAGGGACAGCGAAGAUUUCCUGGGAGGACCGCCACCCCACCCUCCAGCAGCAGCGCCAGGAGGAGCUGCAGGCCAGGCGGGAGACGUACAGCUGGAAGACCUACAUCCCAGGCUGGCCUCGCUGCCUCAACGAGGAGACCAUAAAAAACCUGGACCUCAACAUCAAAUACUCUCUGGCAAAGAACAUCACCUUCUACCUGCGAGGCAGCUCGAUGUUGGCACAUCUGAAACUCAAAGGGCUGCUGGACCGCAAGGGGCUCUGGAAGAGCCUGGAGGAGAUGAGAAGUGUGUUCAACUUCUGGAAGACCCCAGCCGUGGAGUAUGUGUUUGAGCACUGGCAGGAGGAUGCCUUCUUCGCCUACCAGUUCCUGAAUGGCCUCAACCCGGUCCUGAUCCGCCGCUGUCGCCACCUCCCAAAGAACUUCCCUGUCACUGAUGCCAUGGUGGCCCCAGUGUUGGGCCCCGGGACGAGUCUGCAGGCUGAGCUGGAGAAAGGGUCCUUGUUCCUGGUGGAUUACGGCAUCCUCUCUGGCAUCCGCACCAAUGUCAUUAAUAGGAGGCCUCAGUUCUCCGCGGCCCCAAUGACCCUGCUAUACCAGCGCCCAGGGUGUGGGCCCCUGCUGCCCCUCGCCAUCCAGCUCAGCCAGACCCCUGGGCCCGACAGCCCCAUCUUUCUGCCCAGCGACGACAAGUGGGACUGGCUGCUGGCCAAGACGUGGGUGCGCAAUGCUGAGUUCUCCAUCCACGAGGCCCUCACACACCUGUUACAGGUACACCUGGUGACCGAGGUCUUCACCCUGGCUACGCUGCGCCAGCUGCCUCACUGCCACCCACUCUUCAAGCUGCUGAUCCCACACACACGGUACACCCUGCACAUCAACACGCUGGCCCGUGAGCUACUCAUUGCCCCUGGGAAGGUGGUGGACAGGUCCACAGGCCUUGGCAUUGAAGGUUUCUCUGAGCUGAUACAGAGGUACAUGGAACAGCUGAACUAUUCCGUCCUGUGUCUGCCUGAGGAUAUCCGGGCCCGAGGAGUUGAAGACAUCCCAGGCUACUACUACCGGGAUGAUGGGAUGCAGAUCUGGGGUGCAGUGGAAUGCUUUGUCUCCGAAAUGAUCGGCAUCUACUACCUGAGCGAUGAGUCUGUCCGCGAUGACAGUGAACUCCAGGCCUGGGUGUGGGAGAUCUUCUCCGAGGGCUUCCUAGGCCGGGAGAGCUCAGGCGUACCCUCCUCCCUGGGGACACGGGAAGCCCUGAUACAGUAUGUCACUAUGGUGAUAUUCACCUGCUCGGCCAAGCAUUCCGCUGUCGGUACAGGGCAGUUUGACUUCAGUGCCUGGAUGCCCAACCUGCCACCUACCAUGCAGCUGCCACCGCCCACCUCUAAAGGCCAGGCAAGCCCGGAGAGGUUCAUAGCCACCCUCCCACCAGUCAAUGCCACAUGUGAUGUCAUCGUUGCCCUCUGGGCACUGAGCAAGGAGCCUGGAGACAGACGGUCCCUGGGCACCUACCCGGACGAACACUUCACGGAGGCGGCCCCGUGCUGGAGCAUCGCGGCCUUCCAGAGCCGCCUGGCUCAGAUCUCGCGAGACAUCCAGGAGAGAAACCAGGACCUGGAGCUCCCCUACACCUACCUGGACCCUCCCAUCAUUGAGAACAGCGUCUCCAUCUAAAUCCCCUGGGGAAAAGGGCCCCACAUGACAUCCCUUUGACCCCAUAGCUCUAGGCUACCUGCCACCCAGAGAAAAGGACUCCCCAGAAAACCAGGCCCCCAUAUGCCCCUGCUGGGUCUGGUGUAACUCAUCCCCAAUACACCGCAAAACAGAAACAAAAAAAAACCCCAGAGAAUAAAAGCUCAUUGGACGGCA